UAAAAAAAUUUUCUAUUCAUUAAAUGAAUUUAAUUCAAUUUGUUCCAAGUGAACUAUUUUUACAACCUAUAUUUUUAUUGAAAUUUUUCCCGGUGAUACAAACAAAUCAUCAUAUCCAUCAUGACAACAGAUGGCGCCCAAAGAGAUCGUUUCAACAACAAAAUUGAAUAUUUUUUAACCGCCCUUAGCUAUGCAGUAGGAUUAGGAAAUGUUUGGAGAUUUCCGUAUCUUUGUUACAAAAAUGGUGGUGGUUCAUUUUUGAUACCAUACAUGGCAAGUCUGUUGAUUUUAGGUUUACCAUUUUUCUUUUUCGAAUCUUCAAUCGGCCAAUUCACUAGUCUUGGUCCUAUCAAGGUAUGGAGAUUAUCGCCAUUGUUCAAAGGAAUCGGUUAUGCCAUGUUCAUAAUGGGUGCCUAUGUUGGAAUCUAUUACAAUGUUGUGGUAGCAUGGUCAUUUUAUUAUGUCUAUUCAGCAUUAACUCAUAUCAAUUCUGAGUCGGUUCCUUGGGCAUAUUGCAACAAUGAAUGGAAUACUGUGGAAUGUGCUGAUGGUAUCACUAGCAAUGUAACUGAUGGUAAACAAACAAGUCCAAGUCAGGAAUUUUUCUAUCAUAAGGUUUUACAUCUAAGUGAUGGUAUUGAUGAAAUGGGAGCUUUACGUCCACAUUUGGUUUUGUGUUUGGCAUUAGCUUGGAUGUUUAUAUAUUGUGGUCUUUGUUUAGGAACAAAAAGUUUAGGCAAAGUUUCUUAUUUCACAGCCUGUUUUCCUUACAUCAUGAUCACUGCAUUGCUUAUUAAUGGUCUUCAAUUAGAAGGAUCAUAUGAAGGAAUUAUCCAUUAUAUAAGUCCCAAUUUUGAAAAGUUAAGUGACAUUGGUGUUUGGUCGGAUGCUGCCACACAAAUUUUUUAUUCAUUGUCCAUCUGUAUGGGUGGUGUUAUCACAUUGGCUAGCUAUAAUAACUUUAAAAACAAUUUAUUUCAGGAUUCAAUUUUGAUUGUCAUUAGCAAUUCUUUAACUAGUGUCUAUGCCGGAUUCGCUAUUUUUGCCGUGAUUGGAUUUAUGGCUAAUCAACUUGGAAAAUCAGUAGGUGAAGCUGCAGAUCAAGGUGUUGGUCUUGCUUUUGUCGCCUAUCCGGCUGCUCUUGCCCGAUUGCCAUAUCCUUCAAUCUGGUCAUUCAUUUUUUUCCUUAUGAUCAUAACGCUUGGAUUUGGAUCUCAAAUGACUAUAGUAGAGACAACAGUUUCUACUUUAGUCGAUUUUUGGCCAAAUAAAUUACAGAAAAGAAAGCCAAUUGUUUUGGGAUUCGUUUGUUUGGUCAUGUUUUUGGCCGGUUUGCCUAUGUGUACUGGGGCUGGUUUAUACAUUCUACAAUUGAUGGAUACUUAUUCGGUUCCUUAUUCGGCUUUUUUUAUUGCCAUUUUCGAAUUGGUUGCUAUAUUUUGGGUGUAUGGUUUAGAUAUUCACAUGAAAAAUAUCUAUCAAAUGAUUGGAUAUAAAAUCUGGCCUCAAUUUUACUGGCGAUUCAUGUUCAAAUAUGGCUGCCCAUCUCUGAUCUGUUUAAUGUUGGCCGUUGUCAUCUUAAGACAUGAACCAUUGACGUACAAUGAUUAUGUUUUUCCUGAAUAUUCCGAAUACGUUGGUUGGGCAUUGACCGCCUCUUCCGUGUUGUUGAUUCCUUUAUUUGCCAUUCUUGAAUUCAUUAAAGUACUGAGAAAGCGAAAGACAAUGCAGGAAAUUUUAAGGCCUGAAGUCAAAUUUGGUAGCGACCUUGCACCAUCCGAUCGAUCGGAUAAAUCAUUUGAUUCGAUUAGCUCUAUUGCCAAAAGUUUUCCAGAAGAUCUAAAUACCAGUGGUCAAGAUAAUUAUGCAUUUUUGCAAUGUCAUGAAAAUUUUCGCCGAAAUUUGAGCCAUAUUGCCAAUUUUGAAGACAACAGUAAAAACAAUGCCAAACUACUUAACUUUACGUCAUUAUCAACCUGGACAUGUGGUAAUAAUAGUGUAUCUAAUUUACAUGAAAAUAAGAAGAUGCCUAGUCUACAGAAUGUAUUUCAACAGGAAGCCUAAUUUUUUUUCCCUGGAUAUGAUUCCAAUUAAUUUGGAUAGUGAAUUGUCAAUUGUAUUAGCAUCAUUUAUUUAAAUUCCUAUCUUUACUAUAUGAGUAUUUAAAAAUAUUUUUAAAUCUCAAAUUCAAUUAAAUCAUAUCUAUCUAUGCAUUUAUGAAGGAACGCGUGAUCAUCAGCAAAUUUU